AUCCUUUUUUGUACGAGAUUUCAUUGACUUUAAAAUUUUAUUUGCCAUCGUUUCGUCUGGCGCGGAGCUACCAAAGUCACCUGACACUGCGACAAACAUAGCGGCGCGUUUCGUGUCACAUUCGAAGCCUGCUUGCGCACUUUCCAGGAGAGGGCAACGCGACAUUGAGAAAGAAGAGGUUAGGCGUUGUCCGACAAGAGUUGCCUUGGGACACGCAUGCAUUUGUCUAUGUUCUCAUUGGUGAGUUAACAUGUCAAGCGUGCCGAUAAACUUAAGAUAUUCUUUUUUGUCUUCUGAUUCCACGCAUGAGGUGUUUCCUCUCCCCGACUGCGUGACGAAUCCAAGGACUCCAGAUCCGUUCUGGAAUGGCAGCGUUGGCCUGGACGUACCGAUAGUGAUAGAUUUUGGCUCGUAUCAUGUUCGCGCGGGUUUUGCGAAUCAGUCUGAUCCGUUUUUGGAUUUCCCGACCAUUUACGCGAGGUAUCGUCCGAACACGUUGUCGAGUGGGAGCAUGUUCGUGCUGGGUAUUCCGAACAGCGGCGGAGAAGACGACGUGGGAACGACGACGGCGGUGGGCAACGACACGCUCCACUUGCCCCCAGCCACGCGCAAGUCGUCUCCCUUCGACAUGAACGUGCCCUAUCACCAGGCGGGCGUCGAGUUUUUGCUGGACCAUACCUUCAUACACACGAUCACUUGUAAUCGCCCGGGGGGGUUGGAAGACGGGUUGGACCAGACGCCGAAGCCCAAGAGGUACGCUGGGGCGUACGCGAGGCAGGCCAGCAAGGUGGGCAACAGCAGGUCGCACGCGGAGAGCAGGUACUACGACGGGAGCGUGUGCCACUCGGUGGUGAUGACGGAGGCGCCGCUGAUACCGAGGUACAGUCGGAGUCAGUUGUUGCAGCUGUUGUUUGAGUGUUACAACACGCCGGGCGUUUGUUUUGGGAUUGACGCCUUGUUCGCGUUGUUGUACGACCACUAUCACAACUACCGAGGGACGAGGGUGACCAACUGCAUGAAGGCGAGCGCGUCCUACUCGGCGUCGUCGUUUCGCAGCGGUCCGUCCAAGAAGAAGGGUCAGGCGCAGUUGGGCGCGCAGGGGGGGUCCGCUGGCAGGGGGUACGAGUCCGACUCGCUCUAUUUCGAUUGGACGGUGGGCGAGAAGGGUUUGGAUUACCAGGACCGCGCGGUGGGCGCGAGGUUGGAGUACCCGGAGACGGCGCUGGUGCUGUCCAGCGGUUACGAGUGUUCUCACAUAUUGCCGGUCGUCAACGGUUGUUUGGACGUGCAGAACGUCUUGAGGGUGAACGUGGGAGGUCACCAGUCGACGGAGUUGCUGAACAGGACGGUGCAGCUGAAGUAUCCCCAGCACCGCGCGACGUGGAACCGGUUGGCGGCGAGCGGCGGGUUGUCGCUGGGCUACUCGGUGUCAGAGGCCAUCAAGGAGCAGCACGGCUUGGUGGCUCUGGACUACUUGGAGACUCUGAGGAGGUUGCAAGCGUACGAAUUUUCGCUGUCUUCUUUUCAGGGCGGCGGGAGCGGCCAAAAGAAGAGGUACGACGCCUAUCGGUCGGCGGAGGCGCCGCUUUCGAAGUUGGAGUCCGAGCUGUGCGCCGAGGCGGGCGCCCAGGAGGCGAGGGCGGGCGGGUCGGACGGCAGGGAGGCGGACGGUCGGGGCGCCGCGGCCGACGCGGAUCCCUCGAUGCUGGUCCGAUACAUUCAGCUGCCGUACGAGCCCAGCCCGGUUCACACGCUGACGGACGAGGAGAGGGCCGAGCGCGAGGCGAACCGCAUUCAGAACGCGAUACGGAUCAAGGAGACGACCCGGCGGCGCCGAGAGGAGAAGAUGGCCGAGCGCCACUUGAGACUGAUGGAACUGGAGGAGCUCAUGGACUUUCGAGCCGGGCUGUCCUCGGUGGAGGACGAGGAGUGGAAGGAGUUCUUGCUGAAGCUGAAGUUCAAGGAAUCGGACAUCCACACGGCCUGUCUGGGGGGCCCUCGCGACCGCGUGGAGGCGGAGAUGAGGCACAUUCAGCGGUCCCUGGAAAAGUACCUAGACGAGCUGGCGAGUCAGGUGAUCCCCUCGAAGCUGGCGUGGAAGAACAAAAAGGCCGUGGAGAGCGCCCUGCGGAAGGCGACGAGCGAGCUGGAGACGCGGUUCCCCCUGCUGGUGAGCGAGGCGGACGAAGACCCGAGCGACGACCGACAACGGAGGAAAAAAAGCCAGGCGAAGCUGUGGUCGAUGGCCGUGAAUCGACUUCACCAGAAGUUCGAGGACCGCAUCGCCGCCCUGAAGAAAGCCCUGGCGACCGGCGAGGGCGCGGCCGCGGAGUCCGGAGAAGACGAGGACUCUCAGGAAGAGUGGUUCCGAGAAGACCCCGAAAAGUCUCGAAAAAACUCCUAUUUGACGGACAUCAUCCUGGACCUCUCGAAGGAUCUGGUUCUCUACAGUCUGGAGGAACUGCAAGCUCAGAGAGUGCUGAUUCUCGCGAGGCUGAGGAAGAACCAAGCGACACUGGUCAAGUCGAAGGCCUCUCUGGCCCAACUGCAGCAAGAAGAGUCUCAACAAGACCUUUCUUCCGGGAGGUACGCCGGCAGGCUCUCGCUGCCCUCCUCCGGCUCCUCCAACGCCCUGGGCUACGGGGGCUUCACGGGGUCGGGCCUGGGCGGAGUGGGAACCAUCGCCAACGCGAUCGGGUCUCGCUCUUCGCGCGCGUCCAAGUCGCGCAUGCUCUUCGUGAGCCAGCAACAGAACGAUACGGACGUGCAAGACGACGACAAAUUCAUGGAGAUGGUGAUCAAGCAAUCCAACACGGCUCACUUCCUGAUGAAGUCCAAGUCAAACGCGACCGACUUCAACCUGAUUUCCAGCGACUCGUUUUCCGAGUACGACCGCCUGUCCUCCUCGAUCCAGGCGCUGACCUCGCAGUGCAAGGACGACCAGCAACUCAUCGAGCAGAUCGACGACGAGAUCCUGUCUCGCCUGGAGCCGGACAUGCUGUCCAGGCGCGAGGCCGAGCAGCACCAGCUCGUGCUGAGCGUCGACCGGUUCCGCUGUUCCGAAAUCCUUUUCCAGCCCUCGAUCAUCGGCCAGGGCCAACAGGGCGUCGUGGAAGCGCUCCUGACCACCCUACAGAGGUACUCCACCGAGCAGAACGUCCUCAGAAGCUACCAGCCCAACCCCGAACCGGAUUUGAGGACCUCCCUGCUCAGAUACCUCUAUCUCACCGGCGGCAACUGUUCCUGGUCCGGCCUGUCCCCUCGACUCUUCAAGUCCCUCGUCUCGGACCUGCCGAUCUCGUGGGCCCAAAACAGGGUCGUUCGCGUGAUCCAGUCCUCCUCUCCUAGCCUCACCGCCUGGAAGGGCGCCGCUCUGUUCGCCAGCAACGAGUACAACCAAGACAAGUACUUCUUGAAGAAGAGCCAGUACGACGAGGAAGGAUGCGACCGCGUCCACGACCACCUGCCCAGGCACUUCGCAUCGAACCAGCCCGCCGCCUGAUCCCCCGGUCGCUCACGCUGUUCGAGACCGCGACGCGCUCGGACUCCUCUUCGCGAGCACGUCUCAUCCUUUCGUGUGCCGAUCGGGCUUUAAAAAAAAAAAAAAAAAAAAAAUUGACGCGCACGGGCGAACAAAAACCGCCAACUGGCUUUAUUUCGUUCUCGACGUUCCUACCAGUAUGAUGAGCACCUAGCGCCGGCCCCGAUGGAUCGCUUCGUUUCUUCGCACGAACUGGAGAAAAACAGGCGCUCCGCGGAAAAAAACCCCGAUGCCGAACCCAGCCAAAGGGGGUCCGCCGACUGUCUAUGGAAGCAGCUGAACGACCGCAAAAGAAUCGAGGAAGAACGCGACAUGGCCAAGGAUUGGCCCGCGCCAGACCAACUCGAACAAAAUGAGCUCAUCUACUACGACUUCUACCGGUCCAAAAUGCGCCACGAAGAGAUGAUCUUGAAUCGUCAACUGGACGAAUUCAAAAAGGCAUCGGUGCUCGCCGCCUCCAAGAAGAAGUCUGACGUCGAUUUGAUUGAACAGAUCGCACUGUCUAAGAAAAAGGCCGUCCAAAGCGAGCGCUGCAAAAAUUCAUCCAACAGCAGCAAGCGACCUCUCAACUCGCUACUGGGCAUCAGGGUUGUUCCCAUCGUCAAGGCCACCGCGUCCUCGUCGACACCACCCCCUCAAAAAUCUGAUUCGGAAAACGGCGACACAGACUCUAAAAAGAAGAAAACCGAGCCAUAGAGAGAGGGGGACCCGUUAGGCCCCGUCCGGCACGCGCGUUGCACCUGCGCUGUGCUCGCGCAAAGCGGGGCCGGCUAAGGCAUAUUCGUCGCACACAUGCCCCUGUGUAUAUCAAUACA